GGGCGGUAGGCCUUAAGAAUGCCUGGUGAAUGUUCUUCUUUAUUGUGUUUAUGAUGACCGAUCAUUUGCAUAUAUAUUUAUUUCUUAAGGUUGGUGUUAUACCAGUUUUUCAUAUCUUAAGGUUGGCAUCAACUUCAUUUAGUUUUACUUAUACCAUCGUCGGGUGGGUUGUGUCCUGUUAGUAAAGACUUAAAAUGUCAUCCAAAUUAUUUAGCAGGAAACCACAUUUUUUAUUAUAAAAUAUUGAAAAGCACUCAUAAACUUGCUAGUUAUAAAUAAAGAUGGGAACCCAAGAAUUGCAACGAAGAUGAACACUAAAAUUUUCUUGGCAUUCAAGCAAAAAAUAACAUUGAUAAUGUCUCAUUUAGCAUACAGACAAUACAUUUUCUUUUCGCAUUUAAAUAACUGAAGAGUGGGAAGUCUAUCAAGAAAAUGUAUGGCUGCUGCGAAGCAUUACUAUUUGUCGAUUUAAGUCAUAAGUCAGCACAUAAGACUUUAGUCAUUCUUAUAUUAUUGUGCACGCACAAAUCAAUGUGUUUUUUGUUAAUAAAUUAUACUUAAAUAAUAAAAGAAUGCACAGAACUGAUCAAGUUUAAACUAUGUAUAAGGACAACGAAUUUAGCUGUCAACUUAUAUUUUGAUUUAAAAAUAAAAUAAAAAGCGAACUAUUGUGUGUUUUGGUAUGGGAGAAUAAUCUGGCAGGGUUAUAAUUAUAACUUUAUAACGAGAAACUUGAACCAAAAUGUUUACAAUGCAAUAAUCAGAAAACGUGUGUUAAAAACAAAAGAAAAACUAGAGAAAUAGAAUGCAUAAACAAAUUAGUGAAUCCCAAGCUGCGACAUAUUUUUUUUAAUACAAAUUUGCAUUGCAGCUUCAAGAGAAAUCGGAUGUUUUUUUUGUGAUUUAUUUUGGCAAAAUGGCAAGCUUCAUGAUGUCUUCUGGAGACGGUGGUGGUAGCAACAAAAACAGCAGCUGCAAUUCAAAUUCCAAUGCGAAUGAAUCAAUUCAAUUUACGAUUCCUUCAACAUCUGCUAUCGCGACUGAUUCUUCAGGAGCAGGAGUGUUAACAGCUGCGGUAACAAUAGUGGGAGGAAUUAAUUAUGAUAAUUGUGAUGUAACUUUUCCGAAUGCUUUAGCUUCUGUGCAAGGGCAAAAAUGGAGCGAAUACUGUGACUUUGAGAAUUUGAUACUAAAUGUUAAUCGACAUCAUGAAGAACUGCAUAAUUUAAAUAGUUCCAACGUCACUGAUGAUUUGUCGACUAUAAACGCAUCAGCGAAUUCGAACUUCAACACAAGCUACAAAGGUGAGGUUUUAAAAUUGCCUGGAACUGAUAUGCAUCAUUAUGGCAUUGCACCGAAAACAGAAGCUCUAGUCUUGUCGAUAUGUAAUAUUUGUAAUGCAAUUCUAAAGGCCCCUGGUUUGGAAAGGCACAUGAAAGCUCAACAUUUAUCAAAUACAUUCGGUGCUCUGCCUUCAACUAUGACAAUGAGUGCUUCUUUGGCACUUCAAAAUCCUACAACAGAACUUGAGACAACCAAAUCAUCUUCAUCAUCUGGGCCUUCUUCAUUAGCUAAUAUGGUUAAUGUUUCUGAAGAAGAUUUCCAAAUAGCUUCUACAAGAAGCACCUUUGCAACAACAUCGUCUGGGACAUCUUCGGCAGCAGCACCAGGUUCUCCAAAAUCAACACCAACACCAAACCGGUCAUCAGCUACAAUUGCUCGAUCACCAACCGCAAAUCGAUCUCCAACUUUGGUUCCUUCUACAUCGUCCACUAAUGUCGUUGGCCCAAUAAUCCGUGCUAAAGGGCGUGCAGUUGGGCGUUCGCGUUCAAAAAGUGGAAAGGGCGUCAAAAGAAAAACAUCCACAAUCUCAGCAGUAUCAUCUGAGUCAACGUCAGUGACGUCUCCAAUAGUUAAAGUAGUGACAAAUGCCGCAUCAACCGUAUCAACCGCACCAUGCGAAAUUUCUUUAAUUUCUGCUAACUCUAGCAAUAAUAAUUUAGUAAACAAUCAAGGCUCAAGUUCCUCUUCGUCGAUUAUCUCGUCGACGUUUCCGUCGCCAUUAUCAGUGUGUUCCUUAUCGGCUUCGCCCCCUGCAGGAUCGUCAAUUACGCUAAGUCCAUCUGGUAGUUCUAAUGCUACAAUCAUAUUAGAUGUCACUUCUACGGGUGUUCAAACUUCGCCCACUGGCAUUCCUAUUAAUAGUACUUGUCCAACACCAGUCACAUUAUCUCAACUAUCGCUAUCAUCAUCUUCAUCAUCGCUUUCGUCGUUCUCUUCAUCGUCAUCCUUUUCAUCCUCAUCAUCAUCUUCAUGUUCUUCGGCUUCUUCUCACUCAUCCACCUCAAUGAGCUUACUAUCUACAACUGUCGUCGUUGCAUCAUCGUCAUCACCAACCGUUGUCCCAUCACCAGUAGCAUUUAGCAAUCCAUCAACUACGGAAUCGACGAAUACCUGCAAUGCUAUUACUAUUCCUUCAAAUUCUUCAAAGAACCAAAUCAAAGCUAUAGCUGCCACAGCAACAAAAGUUACAACACAAUCCUUUUCUGCUGCCUCGCCAAACAACAGCUUUAAAGCAGCUAUCAAUGCAGCCACUCAAAGAACUGUACCCGACUUUGAUUCUUCCAAUUCCGGCUGCAGCAUUGAUUCGGAUAGACGUACAACUAAUACCAAUCAAUCUUCACAGAAAAAUAGCAUUAACAAUUCGCAGCCUGUUCAAAUUGAGUGCAAUCUUUUAAAGUCAACAUUAUCCCUCCUCUCUGCAUCCUCGUCUGGAAACAAUAGUGGGAUGGUUGUAGCUCCUGUUACAACUUCACCUAGUCCAACAGUUGCUGGUACUGCUAGUAUAUUACCAAAUAUAAGUCUUAUUCAUUUGGGCUCACUACCACAUCAACAAACAGAACAACAAGCAUCCCAGCAUCAACAGCAACAAUUACAAGAUCAAUUGGAACCAAAACAACUUAUGCAUCAUCAACCAAAAGAACAAAAACAGCAACAACAAGAAAAACAUAAACAAACACAUCAAGAACAGCAUCAAAGUCUACAACAAGAAAAACAAGAACAAGAAAAGCAAGAAGAACAUCAACAAAACCAACAAGAACAAAAGCAGCAACAACAACAUACGCAAAACCAAAGCGAACAACUUGAAAACCUACAACAAGAACACCAAUCACAUGAACAACAAAAUCAGCAACGUUCUCAUCAACAGCAAAUACAAUUACAACAAUCGGAACAAAAACAAAAAACACUAGAACAAGAACAAUCACAACCGAUACAGCAAAAACAACUGCAACUUGAACAGCACCAUUCAAACCCACAUAAAAAACAAGAAGAAGAACAACAACAACAUAAACAAAAGGAAACUCAAAUAGAACAAAAAGAAUCGCAACAGGAGUACCAAGAAGAAGAACAAUUAGCACAAAUUCUACAAAAACAAGAGCAACAAGAACAGCAGCACCUUCAUCUUCAACACCCAGUAGAACAACAACAUCAAACAGAAACACACCAAUAUGAUCAACAAGAGCAAAAGCAACAGACCCACCAACAAAAAUCAAAAUCGAAGCAAAAACCACAACCGCAAGAUCAAUUAAAAGCCACAAGCAUUGACGAUUCUAACGCAUUGCCGGCCUUGUCCCUUGCUACUGGACUAAGUAAUAACCAGACAGUGAACUCUCAGCAACAACAACAACAAAGAUUAAUGCACUUAUGUGCGACUAAUUUAGUUGAUAUGAAUUCUCGCUCAUUGCAACAACAACAACCACACCACCAACAACAACACCCAUCUGCAGAUUUGCAGUUUGAUAGGACCGUAACUUAUCAGCAACAACAAAUAAAUAACACAAAUAAUGCUACCGUCGAUCCCAAUUCUAUUCUCACAUUAGUCGAUGGUUAUUUCGACCAAUUUUCCCAGCUAGACUUUUUGAAUGAUACUAAAUUCCUCAAUGAAAUUCUUAACACAACAGAUGCAGACGUUGGUGACAGUGUAGGGUGUAAUAGUGGACAGCCUUCGGCAAAGAAACAACGUUUAGAAGAAGACUUCAGCAAUUUGGCAGCAACUUUCGAAGUAGACACAAUAUGCCAUCAGAACAUGUCAAUAAGACAUUUGAAUGGCGUUGGUGAUUCAGCUUCGUCAUCUUCAUCAUCAUCAAUAUCUAGUUCCUCGUUGUCUUCUUCUUCUUCUUCUUCCUCCCAGAUUAUACCGACUUUACAAGUGCCACCAUCAGCACAACAAACGUUGGAGAGUUUGCAGGGGAGUUCAAUGUUAAGUGAUAUAAGUUCAUUGUUGGGUGCUGCAACGGGAAACAUUGACAACUCAAAUUCCCAAUCAAUGACUAUGAUAUCUACAGAAAUAUUUAACAAUGGUCCUCCGGUUGUAAGUUGUGAAACUUCUCAGGACAUGAUAGGCUCGAGUAUGACUUCAUCGUCUCAAGUGGGCACUAACUCCAGUGAAUUAAGAAAUUUUACAAAUAUAAGUGCAACUCAAUUUCCGGGGGUCAUGUAUCAGCAUCAACAAGAACAGCAACAACAGUCUGAGAAACAACAGCAUUUGGAUGAUCUAUUGGGAAACGGGUACCAAAUAUAUAAUCUCCCAGCUCAAGGUUGCGAGAAUGAGGAGUAUGCUCAGCAAAAUGUUAUUGUACUACCUGGUGGAAACAAUGGCAACAACACAACUACCACCGAAAUGGUAGAAAGCAGAUCCAUCAACCAACACCAUCAACAAAUUAUCUAUGAAAUAGCUAAUAAUAGUAAUGAAAAUUCAAAUAAUUGCCUAUUUGAUUUGUUUCAAUCAGCCAAUGGGGCCAAUGCAUCGCAACAACAAGACAUAUUUGCGGUGCAAUACCCCCGACCUUUAAUAAGCGAUGACAAUGUCAACAUAAAUUUUAGUGAUAUAGAGAUGCUUAAUGGUUCAAGUAAUUGUGAUAUGAGAGUAAUCCAAAGUUUCGGUCCAAUAAUUCCUACGGAGGAAUUGUCUGUAGAAAAUUCGGGAAUACAAAAAAUGCCACUUGCAAAACAUAAUUUUGUAGAUUCGGCAGAAGAAACACAACAAAUUGAUGACGACACAUACUCCGACCAAAUGCAAGACAUUUUAGAUAAGUCAUUACUAAGUUCAAAUCCGGAAGUUGUAACAAUAAUCAGAGGUGGAAUAACGUUUUUCGAUACCACAAACAAGUGCAAGGAAUCAUUGGCGUUCGACUUGGAAGAAAUGGAAGAUGACUCUCAAGGGGAAUAUAUCGAAAAGUCAUUAAUCGAACCAUUGGAAAAGGAAAACGACGAUACCGUUGUUUAUAGACCUGUUUUCAUGCAAUCGAAGCUUUCUACAUUAUGCAGUAAUUCAUAUUCAACUAUACCUAAGCCUGUAACUUUGAAUGCUUUUGGAAUGCUAAGAACAUCGUUUGAUUCAACAGAAUUUCGUAAGGAUGUUCUAUGCACACGAAAAACCAACAAUUCUAUUCCACUCGCCAACGGAAGCUGUUUAGCAGAUGGUCGCAUUAGUAUUACAUCUGGAGGCAACCCUUUAGUUUCUAUGAAUUCUCUUACCCGCCAUACUGUUGCUGAAAAUGGUGAUACAUCUUCUAUUACUAGUGCUGCAUCUUUUUCAACUGCACCGCUCGGAUACAAAUUAGAGAUGGGAAAAACUCAACCUAAUCAAGCCAUUGUCAGCAAUUUUAUUAAAACAAGCAAUGGUAAUGUUUCUACUCGGGGACCGAUUCGCCCAAUUAAUACUACUGCUACAGGUUCUGUAAUUGCUGGAUUUACUAAACCACAACCAAGGCGCAUAGUUUCUUUAAAUGCCUUAAACAGUUCAACUGGCUCACUAAAAUGUCGUCAAAUUGCCAUUGGUAGUACUGCAGGAGGCGUAACUAUUACACCAACAACGACGAUACCACCUGCAGUCAAUAUAACGGCAACCACCAACGCAACAAUUAUGCGCUCUGCUACAAAUAAUGCCAUACCUACCAAUCUCUAUUAUAAAUCAGUAAUUGGUAAUGUAGGAGUAGUUGCCCCAAGUAAUAAUAACAUAAAUACUAUAUAUAAUAAUAACGAUCAUAACAUAAACAACAACGUGAAUAGUAACAAUAAAAGUAACGGUAGUAAUUGUAAUACCACGAGCAAUAACAAUUACAGUGGUGAUUCAAAUACAACUAAUAACAAUAAUACUAAUAAUAGUAAUAAUAAUAAUAAUAAUAAUAAUAAUAAUAGUAAUAAUAAUAAUAAUAAUAAUAAUAAUAAUAGUAAUAAUAAUAACAGUAAUAAUAAUAAUAGUAAUAAUAAUAAUAGCAACAGUAAUAACAAUAAUAAUAAUAAUAAUAAUAAUAAUGAUAAUGAACAUAAAAAUAUUAAUACUAAUACAAAUACUAAUACUAAUACUAAUACUAAUACUAAUACUAAUACUAAUACUAAUAAUACUAAUACUAAUACUAAUACUAAUACUAAUACUUAUAGUAACAAUAAUAGUAAUAAUAAUAAUCAUAAUAAUAAUAAUGACAAUAGUAAUAAUAAUAAUAGUCAUAAAAGUACUAGCAAUAAUAAUAUUAAUUAUACUAAUAAUAAUAAUAGUACUAACAAUAAUAAUAGUAAUACCAAUCCCAAUAAAAACAGUGAUAAUAGUGCAAGUAUUAAUAAAAAGACUAAUACUAAUAACGAUAUUGCUUCUACUAACAUUGAUAUUAAUACUAAUUCCAACCAUAACCCUGAUUCCAAUACAGAUGAUAUUAAAACUACUAACUUUACUAAUAUCACUAAUACAAAAACGAAUGCUUACACUCCCACAAACGCUAAUGAUAGUGAUAAUAUCACUACUUCUAACUUCAUUGCUAAUAAUGAUACUAAUACUAAUAUAAAUAGUGAAACUGAUGCUGAUGCUAAUACUAACACUAGUUCUGAUACUAAUACUAAUAUAAAUACUAAUACUGACACUAAUAUAAGUACUGAUACUGAUACUAAUACUAAUAGUAAUACUAAUACUAAUGCCAAUACUAAUACUAAUUCUAAUACUAAUAUUUAUAAUAAUACUAAUACCGAUACUAAUACUAACACUAAUACAAGUACUGAUACUGAUAAUAAUACUAAUAUUAGUACUAAUACUUAUACUAAUACUAAUACUAACGCAUGUGCAAGUACUAGUAUUAGUACAAAUACUGAUACUGAUGCAAAUAAAAAUACUAAUACAAAUAGAACCGAUAAUAAUAGUAAUCAGAACAAGGAUACUAAAUUUAAUAAUGAUGAAAGCACUGCCAACAGUUCUAAUACUGAUACUGAUAGUGGCAAUUCUAAAACUAAUACUGAUACUAAUAUUAAUAAUAAUGAUAAUACUAAUUCUAAUAUUGUUAUUUAUACUGAUAAUAAUAUAAGUAAUAAUUCUGGUACUUAUAAUAAUAUUGACACUAAUACUGAUAUUAAUACCAAUACUAAUGCUAAUACGAGUACUGAUACUAACACUAUUAUAAUUAGUGAUAAUGAUACUAAUACCAAUAAUAAUGCUUUUAUUUGCAUGAAUACAAAUACUAAUAACAAUACUAUUGCUAGUACUAAUACUGAUACUGAUACUAAUGCAAAUGCUAAUAUUAAUACUAAUGCUAGUACUAAUCAUAAUUUAAAUAGUAAUACUGAUAUUAAUAUCAGUCCUAAUGAUAAUACAAGUACUGAUACGGACGCUAAUGCUAAUACCAAUAUUGAUAAUGAUAGUAUUAGUGAUACUGAUACUUGUACUCAUAUUAAUAUUGAUACUAAUGCUAGUGACAAUGUUAAUACUACUUCUAAUACCUUAAUCAGUACUAAUACUGAUGCUGAUAUAAAAACAGAUAAUAAUUCUAAUAUUAAUACUAAUGCUAAUACUAUUACUAAUACUAAUACUUAUGCUAAUACUAAUACUAAUACUUUUACUAAUACUAAUACUAAUGUUAAUGCUAAUACUAAUACAAGCAUUGAUUCUGAUGCAAAUAAAAAUACUAAUACAAAUAAUACCGAUGAAAGCACUGCUAACAGUCCUAAUACUGAUACUUAUAGUAUUGGCAAUGCUAAAACUGAUACCGAUAGUAAUGCCAAUGCUAAAACUAAUACUAAAACUGAAACUAAUACCAUUAUUAAUGCUAAUACAAAUACUACUAAUGCUAAUAUAAAUACUUAUGUCUAUAGUAAUACUGAUAGUAAUACUAGUACUAAUGUUGCCAUUCAUACCGAUAGUAACACUGAUAAUAGUAUUUCUAAAAGUAAUAACAACAUUACCAAUACUAACUAUAAUGAUAAUAAUAAUGAUGACCAUCAUCAUAAUGAUGACCAUCAUCAUAUUGAUGAACAUCAUCAUAAUGAUGAACAUCAUCAUAAUGAUGAACAUCAUCAUAAUGAUGACGAUGAUGAAGAUGAUGAUAAUGAUGGAGGUGAUGAUGACGAUGAUGGUAAUGAUAAUGAUAAUAAUAACAAUAAUAAUAACAAUAACAAUAACAAUAAUAAUAAUAAUAAUAAUAAUAAUAAUAAUAAUAAUAAUAAUAAUAAUAAUAAUAAUAAUAAUAAUAAUAAUAAUAAUAACAAUAAUAAUAACAAUAAUAAUAAUAAUAAUCAUAAUAAUAACAAUAAUAAUAAUAAUAAUAAUAAUAAUAACAACAAUAAUAAUAAUAAUAACAAUAAUAAUAACUGUAAUAGUAAUAACAACAAUAAUAAUAAUAACAACAAUAACAAUUAUAAUAAUAACAAUAAUGAUAAUAAUUAUGACAACAAUAAUAUCAAUAAUAAUUAUAGUAAAAAUGAUGAUAUUGAUAAUGAUGAUGACGAUGAUAAUAAAAAAAAUAAGCAUAAUAGUUAUUCAGCUAGAAAUCGUCUAGACAUUGGACGUAGCAGUUUAAACUUUACAAACAGUACAGGAGCAAAUAUAUCUUCAUCACUAACUUCAGUUAUGAGUGGUGAAAGCAGUUACUGCAGUUACCAAAAUUUAGAUUUCCCACAAGCAGCCAGCAAAGAAGGGAGAUAA